AUCCCUAGAGGCAUAAAAAGGGAUAUUUUAAGCGCUUUUUACUCUCUUAAGAUAGGACAUGGUUACUUAAAUGCCUAUCUAAAAAGAUUAAACAGAAGAGACAGUGACCUCUGUAGCUGUGGGAGACCACAGACAGCAGAACACCUUCUUCUAUACUGC